GACAGUCUCGUUAUCCAAUAGCAGUGAUGAUCGCGACCGGCGGCCUGCUGAGAAUCUCUCGGCGACAGGAUUCACUGCGAUCCAAGAACCGAGCAGAAAACAAGAAAAAGAGGAAAGCCAAGAAGAAGCGUAAGAACGACGUGGUGGUGGUAAAGGGUAAAGUGCAGCUGUGCUCGGGCUCGGGGCUGGUGGCGGCGCUGGGCGUGCUGAUCCUGCUGGUGGGCGUGGCCAUGGCCGUGCUGGGAUACUGGCCUGCAGAAAACACACACACCACAGUGGGUUUCACACACAAUAACCAGUCCAGCUUUAACUCCUCGUCCCCCGUCGCACACUCGCUCGGGUUCUUCCGGAGUCUGUUUGGUGGAUACCUGCAGUCGGACAACCUGAAAGUGCUGGGGCCGCUGGUCAUGGGCAUCGGCAUCUUCCUCUUCAUCUGCGCCAAUGCAGUUCUGCACGAGGAUCGAGACAAGAAAACGAAGAUAAUUAACCUGCGGGACAUUUACUCCACCGUCAUCGACAUCCACAGCCUGCGCAGCAAAGACUGCGUCCCGUUCAACGGCCUCAUCAGCUACAUGCAGUCCAAGAGUAGCGAGGGAAAAAACACGCCGAGAAACUCAGGAAAGCAGCGGCGCCUGUCGUGCGCCAGGAACAGCUUUGGGAAACACAGCCUGUGUGCCAAACGGCAGUCCUUCAGCGACACCAUCUACAGCAUCUCUGGAGGUGGGCAGGAGGCGCAGUGGGAGACACACUCCAUCGUCAGCUCGUCUCUGAACGCCUUCACGCUCCCCGUCAUCAAACUCAACAACUGCGAGAUGCAGGAGGCGGAGGCGUCUCGGAGGAGGAGCUGCGGAGGAGCCCUGGAGACCCGCGCUCAGGUGUCCCGCACACACAUCUCACGCUCACAGGACUCCCAGCUGGAGAAACGACCCACCGCUGCUGGGUCACUGCUGUCUCAGCUGGAGAAACGACCCGCCGCCGGGUCACUCCUGUCUCUGAACACACUGCCGGACGCAGCCGGAGCCCGUGGAGAGACGCCCGUGCGCAGACUCACUGGACACACCUGA